AUGCUGUUAGUGGACAACAGAAAGUGGCUUCCAAAAAAUCACAAACAUCGCACAAGCCUCUCCGCAGCCGUGGUUAUGUCCAACAUGCACGCGCAUAACCAACGAAAUGCCAUUAUCUCAGAACUCUCUCGUCUUAUGCAGGUCGAUCGCUAUGGAAAACAUUACCAGCCGUGUUUCGAGGCAAACUGCUUCGAGAUGAUUUCAAAGAAGAGCAAAUUUUACCUUGCUUUUGAGAAUUCGAACUGCCAAGACUACGUGACUGAAAAGCUGUUCCGUAAUGCGUUUAUGAAUGGACUGGUUCCUAUUGUCUACGGAACGCGCGAGGAUAACUACAAAGACCUCGCACCUCCUAACUCUUACAUUCACGUGAACCAAUUCCAGUCCCUUAAACAUCUUGUGGAAUAUCUAAAAUACCUGCAUGAAAAUGACACCGCUUACGCGAAUUACUUUGCCUGGAAAGAAUAUGGAGAAGUGCAAGUAAGAAUUCACCACCUCUCAACUAAAACGCCGAAUGUCCUCUGUACUGUUCUAAUCACCAUAGUUAACUUGUGGCAAGUGUUGGGAAACUAA